CUUUCCGUCUGCUGUCAAAGAGCCAAGGGGGCUGUUGUUUACAAUCAAAUUUGUUAGGGCUCAGUAGUGACUGAAUCAGUUAUUUUCCUCAGAGUAAUAUGGAGCAGCUUUAUCAGAUUUUAGGAAGUACAAAUAUUAAGGAAAAACAUUCUCCAGAGGGAUUUGGAGAAGAUCACUGAGAGUCAAUAGGAUUUGUCCAGCAGGUUAACUUGAAAUAGCCUACAGCGGGUCCUCUGCUGGGGGCACAGGCCAGGGAUCCACGGCUGGUGCACAGUGAUGAAUGUGCUUGACAACUUCUAUGUUUUUUUUUUUAAAAUAAUUUUAGCAACUUUUUUGGCUUCUUUGUAAUUAAAACCAUGGGUCAAGCACAAAGUGGAGCAGAUGAUAAGGAAGUGACUCUUCAACACAUCCAGGAACUUUACCGUAAAUUUGCAAGUGAAUGUCCAAGUGGAAAUCUGCACUUGCAUGAAUUCAAGAGAAUCUUUGGUAUUGACAGCAACUCCACAGAAGAAGAAUCUGCAUAUAUGGAAAAUUUGUUUAGAUCUUUUGAUACAAAUAAGGAUGGUAAAAUAGACUUCCUGGAGUAUGUGGCAGCACUGCAUCUUGUUCUUCGUGGAAAACUGGUGGACAAAUUGAAAUGGUCUUUUAAAGUUUAUGACAGAGAUGGAAAUGGCUGCCUGGACAGACAGGAAGUGAGACACAUUGUCAGAAUCAUCAACAAGAUAAAGAGGCACAAGGAUCCGAGCAUCACAGGGAAUAUUGAAGAUAUUUGUGACAGAAUAUUUGAUCUGGUGGACAAGAAUAAAGACAGUCAGAUUUCUUUGGAAGAAUUUAUUGAAGGGGCUGAAAAGGACCCAUGGGUGAUGGAUCAGCUCAGACUGGACAUUGGGCCUUGUGAUUGGUUCAUUGACCAGCAGGAGAAGAAACCCUGACUUUAUAAUGUACAGUGUGUGUUUUUAUGAUAAAUGAUUGGACACUAAGGGACAUUAAUAAUCUGCCUGCAGUGUUGUUGCUGUUGUUUACACGCAGAAGCAUAAAAAAAAUGUUGAUACAUUGUCCAUACCUGUUUGGGGAUUUUUGGGGGCAUCAUCAUGUUUGUUUGUAGGUUUGUUUGUUUUGUUCUGGGGGUCCAAGAUUCAGGAUAAGAUCAGUGAUUGUUUUUUGGAUGUGGGACAACAACUUGGGGAUGCAGCCAGGAUCUUUCAUCAAAUCAAUUUCUCUGUGGUCUCUGUUUUUGAAGAGAAGCCUCUCAUCCCUCCAUUUCCAAGUUAUGAUGGACUUCAGGUAACUUAAAAGGCAAUAGGCCAGUGUUUCCUUUGUCUGUUCUGGGCUUCUGUAGAAACACGGUGGUGCAAAAUGGUGGAUGAAAGAGGACCCACUCCCUAGGAGGAUAUAAAGGGCUCAAGCUUAGCACAAUAAUGCUAAGUUUCAGGUGAUUAUACACUAAUGAAAACAGAAGUAUGAAUAUUAUAUUCCAUUUCUCCGAUUUAUCCCCCUAAAUCCUACACACUGCUCCUUUAAAGCUUAAUAGAUCACAUACACUAGCAGGCUAAUCCUCUUACGAUGAAGACGAAGAGGAUGAAGAUGUUUUUUCAAAAAGGAAACACCCAAUGGUCAUUGUGCCAUUUUUAUACAGUUUCAUGGCCAUUGCAACACAAAAAAAAAUGUCAACAUUUUACAAAAACAACAGUGUGAUGGUUUGUCCUAUCUUCAGUGACUCUGGACCAAAUGACACACAAUCCUUUGAUCAAUAUCAUUUGGCCAAAUCUUCAACAUUUGAAAAGUAUUGAAAAUAUUUUUGGGGUUUUGUUUCAUAUACUUUAAGUCAACAUUUUUUUCAAUGUGUAUGUCUCCAAACAUGAGUUCAAAAUGUUCUGUUUUUGAAUACUAAAGACCAAUUGUUAUUCAAAAUCUCCUUAGGGUGGGCCAUAAGGUGAGCCCAAUGACAGUGAUAGUUUAGCAUGUUGAUAUGAAGUCAAUACAGACAAUUCAGUCCAUGCAUUUACAGUAAUUUUGCUAUUGUCUUUGCUGUAAUUCUGUGUGUGCCUGGUUUAAAACGUAUACUAUGGUAUGUCUUUUAUCCAAUCUAUUGUUUUGACAGGUCAUCUGAAUGUGAAAGAUAAGAAUAAAUGCAGUAAUAGGGACCAUAAAUGAAGGAGAGGAUGAUUAACAGGAGUGUGUGAAUUAGAUCAGUGUGAAUAUGGAAAGUAAGUGAAAUUAAUUUGUUGUUGUUGACAAUAACCUUUUAUGUCUUCCAUCAGUUGGUAGAUUCAGGUUUUCUUUCUAUUUUUUCCUUUUUGUCAGCUGUGGUUAUAUUGUAAAUUUGGUCCUCAACACCCCUGUAGAGUUCAAAAUAAACACAAGACCAUACCAGUGA